AUGAAUGCUGCUGAUGGCACGUGGCACCUACGGCGGGUAAUCAUCCGCUACAGCGAGACGGGUGGAAGCAGCUUGGGCACUCGCUUCUACCUGCGCCAUCUGCUGCCGACUUGGAAGGAGCGCAAUCCCCAAGUGGUAGUCGUGACAGAGCAUUCGAAGCUGGACCAUCCGGAGCUCCUCGCUGAAUGGGCAAGCGGUGAGAAGUUCGAGAUUUCGCUACGAAAGAUGAGGCCCAGACAAAUCGAGGACUUGCUGAAUUUGCAGAGAAACUCUGAGUCACCAAAUCUUUAUCUCAGGCAUGGGGGGCCGCGGGUUUGGACGGAGCGUCGGAGUGUGCAAGGCCUCUGGCAGCCCUCCCCCGAAGCCAUGUUCAAGGCCCUGAAGUUCGCUCGUGAAUCUUCUUGGCUUGGUCGGAAGCACCAAGAUCUCAAGUAUUCCUCGCAGACGCUCAAGCUUUGCCAGCAGCACCUCCUGGAAAGAAAGGGGAGAUGGGGGGACCAAGCCCUACACCCCAGAGGCUUCGACCGCCACGUCCUGGAGGAUGUUUUGAAUCGGCCCUUCAUCGAUUCGGAGUAG